AUGGCCAACUCAAACACAUCUCGCCCGACCCCGACGCCCUCACCAGCGUCCUCCCCUCUCCGUGUCUUUGCCCGCCACCCACGGCUAACGGCCGCCGGCAUCGCCAUCGUCGGCGUCUGCUUUGGCUUUCGCCACGUCGCGCGCUCCUUCCGCGAGAACGAGCUGCGCCAGAAGAGCAUCCCUGGGAACCGCUACGUCAGCGUCGAGCGUAGCGGCGGGGGCCUGUGA